UCGUACCUAGAUAUGCGUAACGAAAAACACCUAUCGCUAUAUAUAGGGGACAAUUUGUCCCGUCAACAAACAUUACAAAGAUGCCGUUCUCAGAAGGGAUUGUAACAUUCACUAUUUUGCUGUUAGUCAAACUCCUGGUUAUUUUUCUGCUCUUCUUAUGGAGGCGCAGUCAAACCCGCAAAGACCUCCCCCCGGGUCCCAAGGGACUGCCCCUACUAGGAGUCCUAAAUAACCCACAGAAAAUGUUCCAACAAUUCCGAGAGUAUCGUAAACAGUUUGGGGAUAUAUUCGGGUUUUAUACUGGCAGGAGUUACACAGUGGUGGUCAAUGGGGGUGAGACGAUACGGGAUGUGUUUGUCAAGAAAGGAGACGUAUACUCGGUCCGGCCCAGUUACAUACUAAUGAGGGAGUUUGGCGGUAACAGAGGGAUUCUAUCAAACUCGGGGAGAUCGUGGAAGGAACAGCGAACAUUUACGAUUACAACACUCCGGGAUUUUGGUGUCGGGAAGCGAAGUCUGGAAGGGCGGAUCCUGGAAGAGGUGGAGGUAUUUCUUGACGCCGUCAAAAAUCAGAACGGACAGGCGUUUGAUGUAAAGCCUUUCAUUCACGUCAGCGUCUCAAAUGUCCUGUGCUCCAUUAUAUUUGGGAAAAGAUUCGAAUAUGACGAUGUGAUGUUGAAGGAGAUGGUCCGAUCCUUGAAUGAGUGUUUGACGGGAGCGGUACGUGUCUCGCUGAUCGAGUAUUUUCCAUUUCUGAGAUACCUACCAGGGGAUCUCAUGGGCCUGAAGAUGCUGAAACGGAAAAUGGAAAAGUUAGAUGCAUGCUACAAAAAAUUCCUUCAAGAACAUAGAGCUAACUGGGUGGUUGGGAAAAAAGACGAUUUCAUCGACUGUUACUUGACGGAAAUGGAUCGUCGAAGACAUGAUCCGGACAAUGUGUUCAAUGAAGAUGAGCUGAAACAAAUUCUGUCGGACAUGUUCAAUGCCGGAACAGACACAACAGCCACAGUGAUUCGUUGGAUUAUAGCAUACGUCAUCAACUACCCGGAUGUCCAAAGCAAACUCCGUAAAGAGAUCCAUGACACUAUUGGCAGAGAUCGUCUACCGUCUUUGGAUGACCGCUCCCAUCUCCCAUACACUAUGGCAGUCAUCAACGAGGUACUCCGAAUUGGUAUUCCAUCUUUCGGAGUUCCUCACACAGCUGCUGAAGACACAUACAUCAACGGAUAUAGAAUUCCCAAAGGAUGUUCUAUGCUUCCGAAUAUUGAUUCGGUGAACUUUGAUCCGAACUUAUUUCCGGACCCAGAAAAAUUCGAUCCUGGUAGAUUCAUCAAGGAGGAUGGAAAGUUCAACGAUGAUUUGAGGAUUCUUACGUUUUCUAUAGGGCGAAGAGUUUGUCCUGGGGAGUCUUUGGCCCGUUUUGAGAUUUUCCUAUUCACAGCCUCCAUUGUUCAAAGGUUCGAAUUACUCCAAGACGGACCAUUACCUCCUUCCACGGAACCCGUCCUAGGAAUCACUUAUAGUCCCAAGGAUUUCAAGUUCCACGCCAAGUUUAUUGAUUAGUUCAGCGACAUUGUGUUUCUAGUAUUUUGGCGAAAAGCUAAACUGUGCAACUAGCUGUAUGUGUUCUCAACCAUGGAGCAGAAAUAUAGAGGUUCCCUAUAGGAAAGGAUAUUGAGAAGGUUUACACUCGUUUUGUAACUUGAUACUGAAAGUUAAGAACUCCACUUCACAUUUUAUGACUUAUACAGAACUGGGUGGUGUACCUUUGAUAAUACACAGGAAAUUACAUAUACUGAAGUAUAGGGUAAAAAUUUGAAUACUCAGAAUUGUAGAAAAAAUUAUAUGAGGAAUAAUAAUAUAACAAUUCAUAUCAUAAUCAUAUCAUAAUUCAGGGGUAUUUAAGGCGAGGUAUACGUUAUGUUCUGUAGGUUUCAGUAAUGUCAGGUAUUCACAAAGUCUUACCCCCCCCCCCCCCAACUGUUUGCUAUGACAAAACAAAGGCUGACAUAUAUUAUGAUGAUUUGAAAACUCUUCUAAAUGUCUUAUUUACAGUAUUACCUUGGGGGGAAAAGUAUUCACUCUCAUUCGCAAUGAUGGCUACCUUCUUAGGAUGUAUUAAUCCUAAACACUUAUAACAAGUUCUAUACAGUCAAACAGAACGUGCUCUACAUAUUUUUAGAUUAUGUGAUGUUAACAAAAUUGAAGAUGAAUCUCACUUUAUUUUGAAAUGUCCACAGUAUAACCACUGUAUAUAAAUUAAAAAAUACCGGUAAUAUUGGACAGUGAUCUGUACCUUUAAGCUUGUUCAGUAACUUAGCCUUAGAAACAGAAAUCACCUUCACAGUCGUUGUAUCUCUCUUUUGAAAGCUACUGGCCAUGAAAUAAUGUUGCUCAUAGUGCAUAUAAUGAAUUUCAUAUCAUGCUAUAAUUAUAUAUCAUAUAAUAAUUAUAUUAAAUGUUUUAUAUAUACAUGUAUGUACAUACACUUUAGAUAGUAUACUCAGGGUAUAGUGUGUGUUGUGUGCUGUACUCGCAGUAUUAUUAUAUUUUGUGUAUAUUAAUGUGAAUGUCUAUUUAAUUGAUGAAUGUUCUUAUCUCUUCUAAGUGUAUGUGGUGUGUUUAAUACAUGCCUGUAAAUCGUAUGGUUUUGUGCGAAUAAAUUGAACUGAAUGUUAA